GGGAGCGCAGGGAUGGCGGCGGCCGCUGCCGUGUGAGGCGGCUCCGCAGCGGCCCGGCCGCGGCUCAACCCCCGCCCGGCUCCCGGCCUGAGGUGACACCGCCGCUGCGGGGCCUUGAGGGCCGCCAGACCCCGCCGCCGCCAUGAAGGCGACGCCGGGAGGUACCGAGGAAACAGAGAAGCUGAAUAAGAUGAGCACCCUCUUGGAAAGGCUUCACACAAAGUACAACCAGAACAGACCUUGGACAGAAACCAUGAAGUUAGUCCGUCAAGUCAUGGAAAAGAGAGUUGUGAUGAACUCUGGGGGGCACCAGCACCUGGUGAGCUGUCUGGAGACUCUGCAGAAGGCAUUAAAAGUAUCUUCCCUGCCUGCCAUGACAGAUCGUUUGGAGUCCAUUGCCAGACAAAACAGCCUCGGAUCUCACCUGAGUGCAAAUGGCACUGAGUGUUACAUCACUUCAGACAUGUUCUAUGUGGAGGUCCAGUUAGAUCCUACAGGGCUGCUCUGUGAUGUCAAGGUGGCUCACCAUGGAGAAAACCCUGUGAGUUGUCCAGAACUGGUGCAACAUCUGAGAGAGAAAAAUUUUGAUGAGUUUUCUAAGCAUCUGAGGGGGCUUGUGAACCUGUACAAGUUGCCAGGAGACAACAAACUGAAAACUAAGAUGUACUUGGCUCUGCAGUCCUUGGAGUUGGAUCUCUCCAAAAUGGCAGGGAUGUAUUGGCAAGCCACCAAUGCAAACCCCCUGGACAAGAUUCUUCAUGGCAGUGUUGGUUAUCUCACCCCCAGGAGUGGAGGUCUUCUGAUGAAUCUCAAGUAUUAUGUCUCACCCUAUGAUUUAUUUGAAGAUGGCACUGGAGCUCCUGUUAUUUUGCACGAGAACAAUGUUCCUCGGUCCCUGGGCAUGAACGUGUCAGUGACAGUGGAGGGGACCAUGGCCAUGUACAAGCUCCCCAUUGCUCCCCUGAUUAUGGGCUCUCACCCUGUUGACAGCAAAGGAACUCCUUCCUUCUCCUCCAUCACCAGUGCCAACAGUGUGGAUUUACCUGCUUGUUUCUUCCUGAAAUUCCCACGUCCCAUCCCGGUCUCUCGAGCUUUCAUUCAGAAGCUCCAGGGCUGCACAGGCAUCCCCUUGUUUGACACACCACCAACCUUUGUGCCCUUGUAUGAGUUGAUCACACAGUUUGAAUUAUCCAAGGAGGCUGAUUCUCUGCCUUUGAACCACAACAUGCAUUUCUAUGCAGCUCUUCCAGGACAGCAGCACUGUUACUUUCUGAACAAAGAUGCUCCUCUCCCAGAUGGAAGAAGCCUCCAAGGAACUCUGAUCAGUAAAAUCGCCUUCCAGCACCCUGGUCGGGUUCCUCUCAUCCUCAACCUGAUCAGACACCAGGUGGCCUACAACACCCUCAUCGGCAGCUGCGUCAAGCGCACGGUGCUGAAAGAAGAUUCUCCUGGGAUCCUGCAGUUUGAAGUUUGUCCUCUCUCUGACUCCUGUUUCAGUGUCUCCUUCCAGCAUCCCGUGAACGACUCCCUGGUGUGUGUGGUAAUGGAUGUGCAAGACUCUACUCACGUGAACUGUAAGCUGUACAAGGGGCUGUCUGAUGCUCUGAUCUGUACAGAUGAUUUCAUUGCCAAAGUUGUUCAAAGGUGUAUGUCCAUUCCUGUCACCAUGAGAGCAAUCCGUAGAAAAGCAGAAACAAUUCAAGCAGACACACCAGCCCUGUCCCUCAUUGCAGAGACAGUUGAAGACAUGGUGAAGAAAAACCUUCCCCCAGCCAGCAGCCCAGGGUAUGGCAUGACAACAGGCAGCAACCCCAUGAGUGGUACCACUACCCCAACCAACACUUUUCCUGGGGGGCCCAUCACUACUUUGUUUAACAUGAGCAUAAGCAUGAAAGAGAGGCAUGACUCAGUGGGCCACGGGGAGGACUUCAGCAAAGUGUCCCAGAACCCUAUUCUCACGAGUUUGUUGCAGAUCACAGGGAAUGUGGGCUCUGCCAUUGGCUCAAGUCCAACCCCUCCCCACCACACGCCACCACCAGUAUCCUCACCGGCAAGCAACACCAAGAACCACCCCAUGCUCAUGAACCUUCUCAAAGAGAAUCCCCCUCAGGAUUUCUCCACUCUGUAUGGGAGCAGCCCCCUCGAAAGGCAGAACUCUUCCUCUGGCUCCCCCAGAAUGGAAAUGGGCCCGGGGGGGAAUAAACAAAAGAAAAAAAAAUCCCGCAUGCCGGCCGACAAACCCAAGCAUCAGACUGAGGAUGAUUUCCAGAGGGAGCUCUUUUCAAUGGAUGUUGACUCCCAGAAUCCUAUUUUUGAUGUCAACAUGACUGCAGACACCCUGGACACCCCUCACAUUACUCCAGCACCCAGCCAGUGCAGCACCCCUCCUACUACCUACCCCCAGCCCAUCCCUCACUCUCAGCCCAGCAUUCAGAGGAUGGUUCGGCUCUCCAGCUCCGACAGCAUCGGGGCCGAUGUCACUGACAUCCUCUCAGAUAUAGCAGAGGAGGCUUCCAAGCUCCCCACCACUAACGAGGACUGUCCACCCAUUGGUACUCCAGUCAGAGACUCAUCUAGUUCAGGACAUUCACAAAGUGCCCUCUUUGACCCAGAUGUUUUUCAGACCAACAACAGUGAGAACCCUUACACAGACCCGGCAGACCUGAUCGCAGACGCUGCCGUGAGUCCCAACAGUGAUUCCUCAAACCAUUUCUUUCCAGAUGGGGUAGAUUUCAAUCCUGACUUGCUCAACAGCCAGAGUCAGAGUGGCUUUGGGGAGGAGUACUUUGAUGAGAGCAGUCAGAGUGGAGACACUGAUGAUUUCAAGGGCUAUGCAUCCCAGGCUCUAACUACUUUGGGGGUGCAAGUCCUGGGAGCUGACGGGGGGGAAAAUAAGUUUAAGGGGAGCGCUCAGUCUGACACGGUAGAUUUUAGUAUUAUUGCAGCUGCAAGCAAAGCACUGGGGUCUUCUGACAUCAUGGAGCAUCACAGUGGAGGUCAGAGCCCUUUACUGAGUACGGGGGAUUUAGGGAAAGAAAAGUCUCAGAAACGGGUAAAGGAAGGCAAUGGUUCUGGAAGCAACCUGGCAGGUCCCGGGAUAGACGGGAAGCCGGGGAAGCGCAGCCGGACACCAUCCAGUGAUGGGAAAAGUAAAGAGAAACUUCCAAAGAGGAAGAAGCAGGAGACAGAUGGGAAGUCUCCAUCUCACAGCUCAUCAAACAGGCCUUUCACCCCACCAGCAAGCACGGGUGGGUCCAAAUCUCCUGGGAGUUCAGGCAGGUCUCAGACUCCUCCCGGUGUAGCUACUCCUCCUAUUCCAAAAAUAACCAUUCAGAUCCCCAAAGGAACAGUGACUGUUGGGAAACCCUCUUCACAUGGCCAGUAUACAAGUAGUGGCUCUGUCACCUCCUCCAGCAGCAAAAGCCAUCAUAGCCAUUCUUCCUCCUCCUCCUCUUCUUCCUCCUCUUCAACCUCAGGCAAAAUUAAAAGCAGCAAAUCGGAAGGGUCUUCUGGCUCAAAGAUGAGCAGCAGCCUCUACUCCAGCCAAGGCAGCUCAAGUUCAGGCCAGUCCAAAAGCUCAGCUCAGUCAGUAGGAAAGCCUGGAUCCUCCCCCAUCACCAAACAUGGCCUCAGCAGUGGUUCUGGAAGUACCAAGAUGAAGCCUCAAGGAAAGCCAUCGUCGCUCAUGAACCCUUCCAUGAGUAAACCAAACAUCUCCCCGUCUCAUUCUAGACCCACGGGAGGUUCUGACAAGCUUGCUUCUCCCAUGAAACCUGUCCCAGGAACUCCUCCAUCAUCUAAAGCAAAAUCACCUAUCAGUUCUGGUUCUGGAGGCUCCCAUAUGUCUGGGACUGGAUCAAGCUCAAGUAUGAAAUCGUCUUCAGGAAUGGGAUCCUGUGGGUCUAUGUCUCAGAAACCACCUCCUUCAUCAAAUUCUUCGACAGCAUCUUCAUCUUCCUUUUCAUCUGGUGGGUCUUCCAUGUCUUCAUCUCAGAACCAGCAUGGAAGUUCCAAAGGGAAAUCUCCAAGCAGAAACAAGAAGCCAUCUCUGACUGCAGUCAUAGACAAACUUAAACACGGGGUUGUCACUAGCGGGCCUGGUGGAGAUGACCCAAUGGAUGGGCAACUGGGGCCAAGUUCCAAUUCCUCAAGCCAUACUAUUUCCUCCAAGCACAAUAUGUCUGGAGGUGAGUUCCAGGGCAAACGUGAGAAGAGUGACAAAGAGAAAUCUAAAGUCUCUGUUUCUGGAGGAGCUGUUGACUCUUCCAAGAAGACUUCAGAUUCCAAAAGCGUCGGGAGCACCGGAGUGGCCAAAAUCAUCAUCAGCAAACAUGAUGGUGGUUCCCCUAGCAUUAAAGCCAAAGUAACCUUGCAGAAACCUGGGGAAGGAGGUGGGGAUAGCCUGAGGCCUCAGAUGGCUUCUUCCAAGAGCUAUGGAUCCCCUCUCAUCAGUGGAUCCACUCCGAAACACGAGCGCUGCUCUCCCAGCCACAGCAAGUCACCAGCAUACACUCCCCAGAACAUCGACAGUGAGAGUGAGUCUGGCUCCUCCAUUGCUGAGAAGUCCUACCAGAACAGCCCCAGCUCUGAUGAUGGCAUUAGGCCUCUGCCUGAAUAUAGCUCAGAAAAACACAAGAAGCACAAAAAAGAGAAGAAAAAAGUCAAAGACAAAGACCGGGAUAGGGAUCGGGAUAAAGACAGAGACAAGAAGAAAUCCCACAGCAUGAAGCCAGAGAGCUGGUCCAAGUCCCCCAUUUCAGCUGAUCAGUCUCUCUCCAUGACAAGCAGCACAAUCCUUUCAGCUGAGCGACCUUCCCGGGCUAGCCCUGAGUUUCUGAUUGGGGAAGAAGAUGAUGAUCUCAUGGAUGUUGCUCUAAUUGGCAAUUAAUUCUCUUAAUGUCUUCAGAAGACGAGCUGGACGCAGGACCUGCAGGUUCUGGAGGUGGAAAGAAAGGAACCAUUUGUCACAAACCUGCCACGGGGAUUUCUGUGGGGUGUGUUUGAAGAGGAAAAAAAAAAGUAUUUCCAAGGAUCUCCAAAGUCUUGAAUGGAGUGAGAGCACCAGCAGCAGCUCCUUGGGCAUGCUGAGUGCUGACUGUGGCCUUCACCCCAUGGACACUUGCACCCUUCCUGAAUUUCUAAGUAUUAAUGGCCCCGUUAGAGAUAAGGGGCACAAAGCUCAGUAUGUAAGCAAACCCCAAACUGAUGCAAAGAGAAACAUAGGCUGUUUGGGGAGAGUCUGAGUUCCUCUGCCCCUCUUCCCACUCAGAAUUAAGUUGCUUUUGAUUUUAGGAAGUUUUAAAGGAAUUAUUAUAGGGUCGGGUUUUAUUCUUUUUUUUUAAAAGGUGGUUGGAAAAAGAAAAGAAAAAAAAAGUUAAUUUAUUUUCUAUUUGUGGCAUUUCUUCAUUCAAUGCUGGAUUCAGUGCUGUGGAACUUCACCUUCCUCUGACAGGAGCUGCUCUGCAGGAUCAGGCACUGGGGCCUGCUGGGUGUCAACAUUUUAUUCCAGGUCACAGGGCUGAAGGAGCUGUUUUACCUUUGACUUCCCCAGCAUUUAGUUAUUUAUUUAUGUCUGGAGCUGAAUGCCUGGUGCUGCUGGUUCUCACACAGCCUCUGCUUUAACUCUACCGUGUGGAGCCCGAAGGGUCUUGAGAAUUAGGGUAAACCCCAUGGAUUUGGGCAGCUCUGCAGCCACUGUCACUUUGGUGACGUUGGGACAGACGUUGGAGCAAAGCUAAACAGACCAAGGACUCCUCCAUCCUCUCCAUCCAAGUGUUGCUUCCUUGCCAGCCUGGCAGACAGAGCUUCCCCUGAUGCUGUUGGUGAUGGACUGAGCCCUGUGGAUGCUUUGGGGCCACAGUUCCUGGAUCCACUGGGAAUAUUGCCAUGGACAUGGACAGAGCACCUCCUGUGUGCUCCCCACUCAAACCCCAGCCUUGUCUCCACAGUCUGAUUCUGUUCCUGAGCCCUGCAGGGUUUCAUUUUGCUUUUUUUUGUCUUUUUUUUUUUCCCUUUUACCUCCCUGACAGCAGUGCCCACACUACAGGUGAGCAUUGCUCCUGCUGUGUCCUAGAGUCAGCACCAGCACUGCUGGAAAAACAACCUCUGGUUCCUCUGGGUAAGGCUUGCAGCAGAUGGAGUGAUUUCCUUAAAAGAAGGAUUUUCCCCCUUUUUGGCUGGAAUUAAGAGCAUGACUCAGGCAUCCUCUGUGAUCUUCUCUUGUGGUCCCUGAAAGGAAAAGAGUCUCAGGGGAGCAUUUUAUUUUUAAAAGCAGUUAAAUGUGAUUCACUGAAGAGGAAUGUGGGAAAUCAGGAGUCCUGCAAACACAUUUCCUUUGGAAUUACUGAGCUGAUUCCCACUCCCCUUGGAUUUUGCUGUUGAUUCCUGGAGAUCAGGAUUUUCCCUGCAGGGAUCAGGUUAUAUUUAACUUUUGGGGGAUGCAGUUUGAAAGGAUGUUGAGGUUUUCAGUUGCUUUCAAACCACAGGGAUUUCCAGCCCUGCUUUCAGUCCAACCCAGGCAAGGAAUUUCUUUUCCAGCUCUUUCCAAGCUGGAGCUUUCUGUUAGGGGGCCACUGUCCCAUUAAUCACUGGGAUUUCUCACCUCCUCCUCCUGCCCUCAGCUUAACUCCAGGGCUCCUGUGGAAUCCAGGGGCCUGAAUUUCCCCAGACUCCUUCCCUGGCUCUGGGGGAAAAAAAAACUUUUAUUUCCCCCUUCCAGCCUUUUCUCCUCGUGCUCUGCAUCCUGCAGCUUCCCCCUCACCAUCCUCAUGGGUCAAGAAAAUAGGAAAAAAACAAUCAGCAAAGUCUAAACCAGGAGCCAGUGGCAAUUUGGGAUCGUGUGGUUGUGGGGAGGCUUGGAGAGGGUGUAAGGAAUGGGAUAAAUCUAUCUGGAGCCUCCUCCAGAGGUGGUGCCUGCUCAGGAAUGGUGCUUGGGGUGACUUUGUCAGGUUCUUCUCAUGCUGCCCCUGAUUUAUUUUGAAGUUAUUUUGUUAUAGAGCCCUUUGAUCUCUUCUGGCUGGUGUGAAAGCAGCAAGAGCCUUUGGAAAGACUGUUCCAAAGUUGAA